AUAUUAAGAGAUCAAACCUGACAUCAGACAACAGGAAUCUGGAUCUUCAUCUAUUUACCUCAAAUAUCAUUUUUAGUCGAGUUGCUACAGUUGACAUGAAUAAUGAUAUACCAAAUACUGAUGUGUCCCAAUUAUCUGCAGAUGAUGUUCUCCUUAGAGCAAGUGGCCCAGAAAGACUUAAGUUCAUGGAUGUAUGUUGUGUGUUGCUCUGCAGAAUAUUAUGUCAAUUGCCAUAUUUUCAGAAGUUUGAGAAGAUUUUGCCAAAACAUAUUCCACAUGAAUUUUCACAGAAAAUGGCUAGUGCUUCAAAAGUUAUGCCAUUGCCCAUCCAGUUCAAAAAUGAAGCUAAGCAUGAAGAUUGCUUAGCAAUUAUGGAUAAGUUUGAAGACCAGAUUACAACAAUGUACCAAACUGCCUUCGGUAAUUUGGAGACUCUUAGAAAAUUCAAAGUGGUUUUGGGGGGAGACCAGUUAACGAGAGCAAGAUUGUAAGAGGCAAAAAACCUGCGGACCAUCUCUAUAACACCUGAAAGAAGAUUUGAUGAUUUGAACCCAAUUGUAAUUGAGAUGUGGCAUAACAAACAAGACUUUUUAGAGAAAUGCUUCAAGUGCUUAUACAAGGGUGAGAAUUCUCCUGGAACACUCAGCUUUUUCAAAACGCUCUUACAUCGGACAAAUGUGAAUGGGCAGGUGAAAGGAAGAUUCCAACCCCACUUUGAUCUUCUUAUGACUGUUGGGGAGGGACUGGUUAAAGAACAGUUUAUGGAAUUUUUCCAAAUGGAGAAUAAGUACAGCCAACCCAACCACAAGAACUUUGAAGAAAUUGACAUCAAAUCAUCUGAAGAACAGAAAUCUUUAUUACUGGCUGCUGUGAUUGAUUUUAUGAAGUAUUUUGGAUACUGCAAUGCAGAUACAGCUGAACGUCUUCCUCAACCACUAAGGGGAACAUUGAAAUAUCAUCUACAAAAAACAGGGGAUGAAAAUCAGUGGAUUCUAGUGCCAUACCAUGAAAAACCACUAGAUGAUGAAGUCUUUAACUAUUCAAUGCAACUCUGUCAUUGGUAUUUGCAUAUUUUGGAGCUGCGUGAUACCGCAAAAGGUGAUCUAAAUCGAACAAUUCUCAACUGUAAAUAUUCAAUUCCAUUUUUCUAUUCUCAUUCAAGAUUAAGCAAAUACCUGGUUGAGAAUGUGGACUAUCUAUUGAAAACAGAAAAAUUACUGUCUCCUUUACAACGCAUUGGUGUUUUGGAGGGUUCCUAA